AACUAGUUUUUUCACCGGACUAGAGACACGAAUUGUUUGAUUCUCCUUUUGCAGAGACAAAAACGACGACGUGGUUCAUCUUCUUCUGCGUUUAAUCUCAAUUCCUCACCUCCGAAACACUACCACUCCCACUCUCUUCACUCUCCAAUGGAGGCCAGGGUCUCUUCCUCUCUGGGCCUCCCUUCUCCGAAGCCUCACGAAAUCUCAAUCUCCACAAGCCUCUCUGACUUCCCCUCCCUCCUCACCCAUUUCCCCCCUUUCGCCUCCACCACCUCCGUCAAAUGGCCCCGGCCCAACCCAAAACCCCAGCCCCUCAAAUCCCUCCCCCUCCUUGAUCGCGCCUUAAUCGGCGCCGCCGCAGGAGGCCUCGCUGGCGCCUUUACCUACGUCUGCCUCCUCCCCCUCGACACCAUCAAAACCAAGAUGCAGACCAAAGGUGCUGCGCAAAUUUACAAAAACACCCUCGACGCAGUCGUGAAAACGUUCCAGUCCAGUGGCCUCCUCGGCUUCUACAGCGGCAUCUCAGCCGUCAUAGUCGGCUCAACCGCCUCAUCCGCCGUCUACUUCGGCACCUGCGAGUUCGGCAAAUCGUUCCUUGGCAAACUCGAAAACUUCCCUGCCGUACUGAUCCCUCCCACCGCAGGUGCAAUGGGGAACAUCGCCUCAUCGGCGAUCAUGGUACCCAAGGAGCUCAUCACGCAGCGAAUGCAAGCUGGCGCGAAGGGACGCUCCUGGCAAGUCCUUGUGGAAAUUCUCCAAAACGACGGCGUUAUGGGCCUCUAUGCUGGAUACUCUGCGACAUUGCUCCGAAACCUACCGGCAGGGGUUCUGAGUUAUUCUUCUUUUGAGUAUCUGAAAGCUGCGGUGCUUCAGAAAACGGAGAAGAACAAUUUGGAACCGGUUCAGAGCGUUCUGUGUGGGGCACUCGCGGGGGCGAUUUCAGCGUCCGUUACAACACCGUUGGACGUGGUGAAGACACGGUUGAUGACGCAGGUUCGCGGCGAGGGGGUGAAUAAGGUUGCGGCGGUUAUGUACGACGGCGUUUCGUCGACGGUGAAGCAAAUUUUGAAGGAGGAAGGGUGGGUGGGGCUGACACGUGGCAUGGGACCUAGGGUGCUUCACAGCGCGUGCUUUUCCGCGUUGGGUUACUUCGCUUUUGAGACGGCGAGGCUUGGGAUUUUGCGAGAGUAUCUUAGGAGGAAGGAGUUGAGGGAAAGGGAAACUCAAGUUUCUGUUUCCACUGCCUGAGUUAGUAUUUUCACUAUUUUUGUUCUUUAUUGCUUAAUUUAUGUUCGGAUUUGUGUUUUGGGUUUUCAUUGAGUUACUUCUUGUAGAAUGUUUUAGUAGAAAGUUUUUGUUAUGGAAACUGGGCUACUGAAGUGGCUUAUACAAAUGUAAGUUCUUGAAUGUUCUCGUAA